AUGUCGUCUGAAGACGAGAAGACUGUUACUUUGAAGAACCAGCUUCAAGAUGAACGUGAUGAAGGGUAUGAAUAUGGGAUCUGGGGAUCUUGGAUUCCUACAUACAUACCGAACAACUCGCUCGUCGUCAUUUGGUUGUUGGUCGCUUCGUCAUGUAUCACCUCAACGACUCUUGGGUACGACGGCUCAAUGAUGAACGGCCUGAAUAUCCUCCCAUCCUAUGCAUCUUAUUUCGAUCUCGACGACGUGACAACAGGUCUUUUGACGGCUUCUAUUUGGAUAGGCGGGUGUCUUGCUGGACUUGUCUACGGUCGCGUCACGGAUGUCCUGGGUCGUCGGCCCGCAAUGUUCUAUGCCGCACUCAUCACAGUCAUUGCUGUGGUACUCCAAGGCGCCGCACAGAAUAUGGGUAUGUUCGUGUUCGCGAGGAUAUUGGUUGGAUUUGGGACGACUGCAAGCGGUGUUACUGGCCCGAGUUAUUUGGCGGAGACGUUACCUGUUGAGUGGAGAGCGUGGGGCGUUGGGUUACUGAAUGAUUUCUAUUAUGUCGGAGGCUUGAUAGCAGCAGGAAUAACCUACGGCACAUUCGCCCUCACAACAACCUGGGCCUGGCGCAUCCCUUCCAUCCUUCAAGGGACUUUCUCAAUUCUAACAAUCUUCCUAAUACCCUUCAUACCAGAAUCACCUCGCUGGCUUGCUUCCCGUUCUUUGUACUCGGCCACCCAGAGGUCCCUGGCACAGACAUACGCAAAUGGAGAUGUGGAGAGCGAAGAAGUGAAGACUGCGUUUGAGGAUAUUGUUAAAGGGCUGGAGUGGGAGAAAGAGGAGGGACGACAGAUGACUCUUAAGGAGGUGUUUAGAACGCGCGGAUCGCGGAAGAGGGUUUUACUGGCUUGUUCUGCGGCAGUUUUCAGUACCAUUGCUGGAAACGUCAUCGCUUCGUAUUAUUUGGGAUCGAUGCUUGAUAAUGCUGGUAUAACGAACGCGAAGACUCAAUUGGAGAUCAACAUAAUCCUUAACGCGUUCUGCUUAGUCUGCGCCCUGUUUGGUACUUACUCCUGCGAUAAAUGGGGUCGUAAACCUACGACGGUAGUGAGCGCGGGGUUGCUUACCAUAUUCAUCUUCAUGAUCGGUGGACUUACGAAAACAUACGGCUCUUCGACGAACACAUCUGCGAUAUAUGCGACAGUAGCCAUUAUAUUCCUUUUCCAAGGUGCUUACUCCUUCGGAUGGACGCCAGUUUUGUAUCUCUAUCCGCCUGAGGUGCUGAAUUAUACGAUACGAGCAAAUGGAAUGGGCGUAUUCCAGUUUGUGGCUAAUGGAGUUGCCCUGCUAUUUGUAUUCACGAUGCCGAUAGCCAUUACCAAACUCUCUUGGAAAAUAUACAUUAUAAACGGAGCCUGGGACGUCCUUGCUUUCUUCGCCGUUAUCAUUUGGUGGGUUGAGACGAAAGGGAAGAAGUUGGAGGAGAUUGAUGAGCUUAUUGAGGGACGCAGAAUGGGUGGGGUUGGAGUGGAGAGCGGUGCAGGCUUGGAGAAAGUCAGUGGUAUAGACUUUCAGAGGGAUGGAGAUGAGGAUGGCAAAUGCACAGUCACCGCAGCAGGCAAGGGACAGCUCAAGCAGCUUCCGCUGGCUAAGCUCAAGAAGUAUGCGAAUGCUUAUGACAUCAAAGUCAAUGGUGUGUUAGAGAAGGAUGAGCUGAUCGAGACCAUUCUGGCUGCGAGAGACCCACGCAAUGGAUGCCUACGCCCGGCCAACGAAGAGUAUUACCGCAGGAACUCUGUCCCGAGCCGAAGAAAUAACCGCUCGCGCGGAUUCUUCACGCGAGCUAUGGAUGCCAUGGGUCCCGAUCGGUCCACUAACCAGUCAGCGCAAUCGUCGCCGCACACGACUUACCAGGCUCGCCAACGCACGACUUCGGGGCCUAGUACGUUUCCGAGACCAGAUCUUGAUCCCCAAAGGUCUCAGCCGCGACAGCAACGGCCGAAUCCUCCUCCGCCACCACCGCCGCCACCAUCAAACCCGUCACCACACCCAAGUUCUUAUGGGUUCGCUUAUAGACCGCCCCCUACUUCAUCACCGCAUCUUCAUGCUCCAGGGGGCUCACAACCGCGGGGGCGCACAAGAGCUGCCUCUGCGUCUCCUGCCCCUCGUGUUCCGACACCUCCGCCAGCUCCAUCGCUCGAUGAGCUCCUCGAGAUGUCCGAGGAGCAAUUAUCUCAUUUGUCCAUCCAUGCGCUGAAGACAGUAUUGUUCCAGAACCAUGUGAAUGUUCGAUUAGUGGUAGAGAAGGAGGAACUUGUGGGCAAAGUACGGACACUCUUGGAAGAAGAACGGGGGGACCGAGAGAGACAUGCAGCGGAGUUGGAGGAAGAGAGACUUGCAGAUGAGCGCAUGAGACGAGAUCUGGAAGAGGCGAUGAGGCGGUCUCGCGAACAGAGUGCGGCGCCUACUGUUGUGAAUACGGAGGAAAGCGCCGCCAGUGGAGCACUGCCCAAUGAAAGUGAGGAAACUGAAAAUGGGCCGGAGGAUGCACUAGACUGGGACAGACGAGGGGAUAUAGCGGAGGAGUCCUUACCUCCGCCACCUCCACCUAAGAGCACCACCUCUCCGCCACCACCGGCCCUCCCACCCAAGGCACAGGCUAUGGCGUCCCGUCUAGAGAGGACAGGCCUUUGCGUGAUAUGCCAAGACGAGGAGGCAAACAUCGCCAUCGUUGACUGCGGGUGA